AUGGGAAAUUAAUGGAUUAAAAACUAUGAUAUAGACAAAAAACCAUAUCUGACUGGAGGCUAAAACUCAUUAUGGUAAAGUAAUAAAAAUUAGGAUCUAUUUAGUUCAUAAUGCUAAGAAGCAUAAAGAAGAAUUCUCUGUUUUUAUAUUUGAUAAAAGAAGUGUACAUAAGCUAGUAAAAAAUGAAAAGGAGAGAGAAAUGAUAUAUGCCACUUUAAGAAGAGAAGGAGAAAAGCUAGCAUCGGUUAGACAUCCUUGUAUUCUCUCAGUAAUUGAACCACCUGGAGAAGAUCAUAAAAGACUUGUUUGUGUGACAGAAAAAGUUAUUGGAACCUUAAAUUCUAUAAUCAAAAGUAAGAUUCAAAUUUACAACUAGAUGAUAAAUUAAUUUCAUGCAGCAUAAUGGAUAUUAAGUUAAUUAUGUUGUAAAUUAUUGAAGGAUUAAGCUUUUUACAUAAUGAUGCAAAAUUAAAUCAUUUAAAUCUUUCCCCAGAUAAUAUCUAUAUAACAACAGAAGGAAAAGUCAAAGUAAUUUCAAUAUUCAAAUUUAGAUAGGAGGAUUCAUUUUCAGUUAGCCAAAUCCUAUGGGCAAUUCCAUAAAUGUGGAUAUUGAUUUAAUACCUAAACCAUAUGAUAAAUAAUUGUAAUUGUAUCCAGACUUAGCUUUUAUGGCACCAGAAUUAACUUUGAAUCCAUCAUUAGGAUCAUAUUAAUCAGAUAUUUUUUCAUUAGGAUUGAUGUAAUUAUUUAAUAAAUUACUAUAGAUUGGCUGGUUUAAUGAGGUUUCAAUUGACAGGAAUGAAAGAUCUAAUUUUAUUCCAAAUAUCUCAUAUCACCUAAUAUCAGUCUAGUUUUGAAUGUUUAUUGCCAUUUAUUUAAAAAAGCCCCUUUUUUACUCAAAUUUAAGAUCAAUCAUUAAAAGAUCUGAUCAUUAAGAUGCUCAGUAAAGAAUUAAGUUAAAGACCUGCGAUUAUUGAUAUUUAUCAUCAUGAAUUCUUUUUAGAUCCUUUAAUUCGAUUGAUGCAUUCACUUAAGUAAUUUCAGUAAUUCGAUUCUGAAUAACAGGCAGCUUUACUAAAAUAAAUAUCAAAAAGCAUUUAUAAAGUAUAUAUUUGUUAUAUUUAUGAGUUUGAAAGGUAAGUAAUCGUAAGAAAUAUAUUACCUAAUAUCAUGCCUUUGAUAACUAAUGAAAAAUUAAUGCAAAAUGUAAUAUUCAUUGCUAUUGAUGUUUCUAAAAUGCCUGAUUAAGCAGUUUAAGAGAAAUAUAUUGUUUUGUGUUGGAAUUAUAUUAAAAAGGUUUCUGGAUUACCAAGCAUGCCUGCUCAAGCCCUUUAUUGUUUGGUUUAAAACAUAAAAUAGUUUUAUGAAAUAAAAAUACCUGAUAGUGAAAUUUAAACUCAUCUUGUUCCACUAUAUGUUAAAUGUCUUGAGUCUGACGUUGCAAAACUAUAAGAAGUAGCUCUAAGUCAAACUUAAAUGAUAAUGGAAAAAAUAGAGUAUUAAUACACAAAAAAUAAGGUAUAUAUACAAUUUAAUUUAAGAUUCUUCCUAGAUUGCUAUAGCUAUGCUUGGACUCAUCCAAUAAGGAAGUUAAUUUAUUGGCAUUAUAAGUAUUGAGCAAAACCUAACAUAUAUUUGAUAAAGUUUCUAUUUCAGAUAAUAUUUUGCCAACAUUAGAAAAGUUUAGAAAAAUGACAGCCCCUACCAAAAUAUAAGCAUAAUUACUAUUAGAAAUCUAUAAAUCAUUUUUAUAACACCUAAAUUACGAAGUAAAUAUUAAUAUAAUAUUAGCAAAUCGUAACAAGAUUGCUUCCAUAAUUGUUACCUUAUAUAAUUGAAUUGAAUAUUGGGAAAUAAUAAAUAUAAAAAUAUUCAGAAUUACUUUAAAGUUUAAUAUAGAAAAUUGCUAUUGAGAGAAUGUCAUGUUUGCCUGAGGACACUGAGGAAUAAUAAUAGUAAUAAUAAUAAUAAUAAUAAUAAUAAUAAUAAUAAUA